AUGGGGACAAAAGUGCCGUGCAGUGAUUUUUUUCAUUUACAAAGCGCAGCAGAGAAAGAGACAGAUGAAGAUGAAGGCAGCGCAGGGGCAGCGCCACCAGACGAUGCGGAGGAAGAAACAGAGAGUGGAAAACAUAUUCUGUCUCUCACCAGCCACCCACCUCCUGUUGAGGCGUCGGCCAGCAUGCAGGACUUUUUCAAAAUGCUGGACGAGAAAAUCGAAAAGGGUAAAGACUACGAUUCAUCGAGUGAGACUGAAGUGCGGAUAGAGAAUGAGAGGAGGAAGCGGUUAAUAGACGAGUGGCGUUCCGCGUCACAGUCUUCGCAGUCACAGGCAAGCCCACCCACUCCAGCCAGAAGACGAAUACAUCGACCUAUGCCACCUCAACCCCCAGAAAGGCACAGUCCUGGCACCGCCCGUCGCUGUUACCGGCAACAACACGUCCCCGAAGGCAUGUCACCACCUCCACGCCGAACACAAAGCGCCCAAUCACAACAUCCCCACGAUACACGGCAAAAUGGGGACAACUGGCAGGAUCCAACAAAGUCACCUGUUAAACGGCCACAAAGCGCUGGUGCCAACUGGAAAUCCAACCCGAAAGUCACCCCUUACCAAAAACCAAAGAAAAACGAAGUUAACGAAAACCAAAGAGCGGUCCAGAAGGACUUGGAUUCUCAAUCAGACACAAGUCAAGAAUCCCAAGUUACUUACAAUCCUACAUUCCAAACUCAUAGUCCAGCGCACUCAGCAAAACAACCGUACAUCGCCCAAAUUAUAAGUUAUCCAAUGUCACAACAAGUUACUCCACCAUCGACGCCGAAGUACAUAGCCCCGCCAGAGGAGUAUCAAGAUCCUCAAAACAAUACAGUAGACAAUAAGUAUUCCCAACCACAAACUCCAGUUACUCAGGUGAAUACUCAAUCCAAUAUUUACUACAUUCACGGUAACGCAACUACGCCAUCACCCGAUUUGGCUCAUCAAAGACAACAGACAGCGUUCCAUUUGCAACAAUAUGUCGCCAUGAAGCAAGCGCAACAGCAGAUGUUCACUUAUUUACAACGUGGACCGCACACAGUGUUCCCAAAUGUAGAUUAUUCCCAAAUUCCACAUCCAAGAGUGUACGAAGGAGAGGAGUUUACGCCGCAGUACGCUCAUGGACAUCCCACAUUGCGUCCUCAUAGUGCUCCAACACCUGUGGGAGUAGUGCGACCAAUGGCCGUAGCCCCUAGCUUCGCUCCUCUUCCAGACGGAACCCAUAUGGUUCAAAUGCCAAUGUACAUGCACAUGCCUCCAGUGGUUUCCACAAUGGGGCCUUGGAUUCACGGUCAAACUCCUGAAAUGCAAUACUAUCCCCAAACGCCAUUUAUGCCCAUGUAUCGGGCGAACUCAGCCGGGUCCGCUGGAACUUUAACGAGAUACCAAAAGAAGGAGACGAUAGAGACUGAUGGAAAGAAUAUGUGCCAAAGUAUAAACUUGGUUCGGCAGAAGCAAGUGGGGCAGAUCGUAUCGCUGCCUGGGCAAGAGUUGACCGUUUGCAAUAACCCUAGUGAUAGCCCGAGUUCAGCCUCAGUGAGUACGGACAGCGGUGUCUCACCAGGCAACAGCGCACCCAGCUCCAAGUGUCCAACUUUCACAGACUCUUUUACGAAUACGAUAGAUAAUAAGAAAAAAGUGAAGUCAGCGCCAUUUGCAACGCGACCGCUGAAAAAUUCUAAAAGUCUAGAUUCUUAG